UAUCAGUUACAGAUGAAGAAAUUACCGAGAUGGUAUUGUUUCCAACGAUUAACGAAGCAUGUCGUGUUUUGGAUGAGGGUGUCGUUGCUCGAGCAUCAGACCUUGAUGUUGCAUCUGUACUCGGAAUGAGCUUCCCAUCCUACUGUGGUGGUAUCAUGUUCUGGGCAGAUAUAGUUGGGUCGAAGCAUAUCUAUUUGAGCCUCAAGAAAUGGUCAGAAAGGUACGGUAGCUACUUUAAACCAUCGAGAUAUUUGGAAGAAAGAGCCAUGAAAGGCAUGCCACUGAGUGUUGCAGUAGAAGCAAAAUCAUCUCUAAAAUGGAACUCAAAGUUGUAGUCCGACAAAAUAAUGGUGAUGAUUGGAUGAAAAGCAGUGUAAUACAUAAGUCUACUUAUUGCACGCAAAACUUAAAAAAGGAAAAAGAAAUUGGUGUCUGUCCUAGUUUCUGCUAGGAUUCAGUUAAUUUUUGUAAGGCUAGUUUCUGCUUAGUUUAUUUUGUAAGGUUAUAUAUAUAGCUAAGAAUGUUUCAAUUUCUAUGCAUCAAAUUUCUCCCAUACUUCAGUUUUUAUAAGCUUUCUUUUAUUUAAAGCAUUUUGGUAUGAAGAGGGUUGUUUUGCUUUCUUUUAUUCCAAAUGUCAUACCAAAAUAUGACUUUUAAAAUAUCUGAUGAAGACAAAAGUUAUAUGCAAAGUUGCAAAGUUGCAAAGUUGCGGUUUCUACUUGUGCGUUUGGUGGUGGAGAUGAUCUUUAUCAACCUAUAGGAAUGUCAGAGGCAUCAUUUAAAAAGAUUGUACAGCAGAUCCAGAAUAUGAUGACUCAUGACAAAAGCGAUCGGGAAACGGUUUUGGUUCGUCGCAUGCUCCAGGACGGGUUACUUGAUGUUGUUUGUUUGAAGCAUUAGAGAGAUGCUGUUGGUUUAUGGAAUGCCGUAGGUUUUGUAAAACUUUGAGGAGUGUGGAAGUGUUAAAGUUAUUCAAAAUUAACAAGCUCACUAUAAAGCAGCAAAUUUAUAUUAGAUUCCCAUAAUAUACUUGCUGCAUAAAUGCCUUUGAUUUCCAUAAGUUCAUAUUUAAAGUUGGAAUUUAUAAAUGUUUCAAUGAGUAUAUGCUGCCACA